AUGGCUAUGCAAACAGCCUCCAGCUCCUCGGCACACGGGAAGUCAGGGUCGUCGGGGUCAAUCUCCUACACCCUCCCGGCGUCGCCUACACUGACGAACCCGGAUAUGAUUUUACCCGAUUACGACGAUGCGCCCAUGUCUCUCGACCGAUCGCAGUCUCCGCUGAACAUGUGGAAGAAUAGCCAGUUUGAUCUGGCUGGACAACAAUAUAAUAUGGGCCCUGUGACCCCUACAACCCCGAUCAUCUAUGGCAAUGGUACAAUGCUGUCCGAUAUUGGCGAGGUCACGGAGGCUGAGAGCACGACUGGACCCAUGAGACAUCGGACUGGCGCACACAACGGCUAUAGCCAGCCAGGCGUUGCGAUGCGAAAUCCGCCAGCCAUGCCUGGUCUUGAAGGUUCGAGAAAGAGAUCCGAAGCGCGAAUGCUGCCCCGGGAGCGAGAACGGCGUCUUUCCAUGGAAUCGACCAGCACAAUAACAAAUGGCGACCAAGAAGGGCUUUUUGCCGAUUUCGAUGAUACCGUCAGCGUGGACGACAGUGUUUUCCAGGGCGAUGAUGAGGAAAGUGUGGCUGCGUCCUAUGUGUACGACGGCGCUUCGGACGGGGGCGACCGGACACCUCCGGCGAGAGAUCUGAACCAGGGACUUGGGCCUGAGGCGGAGGAGCGCUAUUCGACAGCUUUGAGUCGCAGGGCAGAGCAGAUUCUUGCCAAUGCGAAACGGAGAUUAACUACUAUGGAAGGAAACUUGAACAGGGCACGUUCUUCGUUGUCUGUGGAUUCAGGAUCGGAAACGUCGCCGUCAUUUGGCAGACCUUCUACAGCUAUCCAGCGCGAUUAUGAUUCGGGCAUAACCAGAACCACCCACGGUCACAGCCGGAUAGCAAGUGAGAACAACAUCUCAACCGCCUUCCGUCCCGCUACGUUAUCGCCAAGGUCGUCGAGCGCGCUUGGAGUCACGGGGAGCUACCGACAAUUAUUACAGAGUUCUCGAAGUGCAGAUUUCAUACGGGAACCCGCAAACGGCAGCAUUUCCAAAGGCAAUUCAAUCUAUGGCAAUGCGGCCUUUGCAAAGAGCAAGGCUUCUUUGCAUGACAGUAAAUACACUCUCGAGCCGCUAAGCGAAGAUGAGGCUACGAAGGACCUGGAAACUUCUGAGGCCAACCUAGGGGAUGAGAAGCUAGAUACAUUCCUCAGCCCGACCUUUGGUUCCUUUGACGACAACGGGCUCCGAAGAUCUGCCUCAACUGCGCAGAUGCGGGAUCUCAAAGAUCAUAUGAAGGAGCUCAAGGGAAGGCUCUCAAGUCUUCGAGAUCAAGCGCGUGCAGACAGCAUGAAGCGCCGCAGCCUGCAGAGCCUGCGUACCGCAAGUCCAUUUACCAAUGCGGGAGACAUCUACUCUGAUUCCAGGGACAGUGGGCCAAGUGGCCAGUCUAUGAAAGACAUCAGUCGCUGGAACGACGGCGUAGAGAGCUUGCACGAGAGUGACGUGCUGGAAAAUAAGGAUGAGGUAUCGACGGGGGCAGAGGAUAGUGCAUCGGUCAUUAGCGCAUCCGUUUACUCAGAUGAGGAGGAGCCGUCACCGCCAACUAAACUAAGCCCGGCAGACCAUUCUCCUGGCAAGGCCACACCGAGCGCGACGCAAGAGGUAGAAAUCGAAGACGACGGAGAAGAUGACAUCAGCGACAUGGACGACAUGGACGACAUGCAGACUGAAGAUGGAUUCGAUGACGAUGAAGGGACGGACUUUGACGAUGACGUGAGCGAAGGCGGCGAGUCUCUAUACCAUGAAGCUGUCCAGAACCAGGUAUCACACGAAGAUCGCGAGGACGCUUUCGAUUAUGAGCAUUUCUUCCUUCACAGCGCCAUGGGCAGCAUGAGCCAGAGGAAAUUCAAACGGAGGGACAGCCAGGAUAGUUACAGUUCUGAGGACUCUGUGGAAACGACACGUGGACCAAUAACGGGUCGCCCCCGACACAGCAGAAGAGGAAGCAAUGCGUCUGUCUCUACGAUGGACUCGUUCGCUACUGCCACUGAGGGAAGGCUCACAAGAGCGGAGAACAUCGCCGUGGAAGACUUCCCUGAGCAAUUGGUGACGCUACCGGACCGAUCUCGUUCGCACACCCCGGAUACCGCCAAACGGACAUCCUUUACCUUCAGCAACCUCAACCGGAACAGCGAUUCUAACUCAGAUCGAGGCCAACCUCGGGCUUCAAUCACCAGGCGGCCUCAAAGCAGUGCAGCCACGUACAUGCACCGACCUUCGGUGUCAUCUCUAGGCUCGACCGGUACAAACAGGAGUUUCCCCUUGGUAAAUCGACCCAAGAGCCGUGGCAUCCUGACGCCGCAGGACUCGCCCGACCAAGGGCUCAAGCAAAUAUCUGAAACACUCAUGAGCGAGACAGCAAGCAUCUGCGAUCGAGAGAGCACGCAUGCCGGCGAGAAGCCCAUUGAGCAAUUGCAGAAAGAUGAUCAGAUCCUCGUCGAGCGUCUCGUCGGCAGUUUGGGCAAGUGCGUCCUUGGCUUAACCGAGAGCGGUCGCGCGAGCGCUGAGAGCAGAUUAUUUAGGAGGAGGAUUGAAUCCGCGAGAAGGAUCCUAGAGGGGCUUGACCAGCCUUACUAA